UUGAUAAAUGCAUGUCUAGAAUUUGAAUACAUUUUAGUGUAAAUUAAAUUUCGAAUGCAGGAGACUAAUUGAGACUGUUCAAUGUUCGAUGUCGUUGUUUCGUAAGCGUGAACAUUCGGUUAGGAGAACCUGAAUCACUUGUAAAUAAACUGUCAUUUUUCAUCAGGCAAUAAUGGGAUGGCAAACGAUUAAGCAGGGUCUCUUGACGCUGGUUCAUCGCGGCGGUGGCUCAGCGCGGAGCGACGGCACUGCGGGCAAACUGGCGGGAAGAAAGGGUCCGUCGCGUAUAGUGAACAGGGAGGGCAAGCUGCAAAUAUGCCUCAACCAAAUCUCCUUUGGCAAGCGUCGGCGGUACCUCCGGAGCCCUUUCACAACGUUACUGGAUCUAAAGUGGCGAUGGACCAUCGUCAUAUUCAUCGUAGGAUUUAUUAUAACGUGGCUGCUGUUCGCUGUGAUUUAUUACUUUAUAGCAAAGAAUAACGGUGACAUAGAAAAGCACGGCGACGUAACUCAUACACCGUGUCUAAGAAACGUUUAUAGUUUCACGUCGGCGUUUCUCUUUUCUCUCGAAUCCCAGCACACGAUCGGCUACGGUUCACGUAGCCCGACGUCGGAGUGCAGCGGGGCGGUGUUGAUGGUCUAUGUACAGUUUAUUGUCGGGGUGGCCGUGCAGUGUGUAACCGCCGGCCUCGUCGUCGCCAAGUUACAACUCGGCAAGCGAACGUCUAACGCUAUCAUCUUCAGCAAGCGCGCGUGCGUAGGGAAGUGCAAUAACCACGUGUGCGUGAUGGUCAGAAUAGCUAACGCCGGAACCGCGGAACUCUUGAACGCCAAAGGUUCCGGCGUUAUCAUUGAAAGACAUACUGAGCCGGAGACGGGUGGGGAAAUUCUCUCGGAAACUGUCAUAGAAUUUGUUUCCGAUAAUGGGAGCAGCAACCUUAAUCUCCUAUGGCCAACUGUCAUACACUGCCAAGUUAAAACGAACGAAGGAGCAUUUAUAAAAAGGCUCCAAAACGUAAGAACGGAGCUGAUACUGAUUAUAGAAGGCGUCGUAAACGCCACUGGACAGAACGUUCAGCUAAGGACGUCGUACCUGCCCCAUGAAAUUGAUGUCGGAAAACAGUUUAUAGAUAUCAGUCCACAGCUGGUGCAGACCCCGGGAAACGGAUCCUUCUAUUAUUCCGUGGAGUUUGAAGACUUUGAUGUUAUGGUAGCCGACGAACAGUGGGACUAUAGUCUGUGGUCACCUAGAAAUGCCUAAAUGAAUGAUGACAAUAACUGUCAGUUUAUAAUUUGUUUUCACUUAUUAAAAUAUCUUGUAAUUAUAAUACCUCUUGUAAGUUUGUAAAUUGAAUUGUUUUUUAUGUUAAUGUAUAUUUAUUAACAAAACAAUAAUAGUAAGAUAUACAGUGAGUUCGGUAUUUACGCUGUAUACUGUGACCUCUGUAGAGAAUAUAAUAGCGUAUGUACAUAAAAAGGCAAUUGAAAAAAGUGAA